AUGUCUUACCUCGCGGACCAGCUCAAGGAACAAGGCAACGAUGCCUUCCGGCGAGGCGACUACACCGCAGCCAACGAUCUCUACACCGAAGCCGUGCAAAAGUACUCCCGCAACCCCCUCAUCUUCACGAACCGCGCCAACGUCCGCCUUAAACUUCAGCGCUGGGAAGAUGCGGUGAACGACUGUCUCAAAAGCAUCGAAAUCCUCGGCCCCAACGCCCAAAAUCACAAGGCUUUCUACUUUCUCGCCCAGGCGCAGCUGGCUCUCAAUCACCCGCAUGAAGCACUGGCGUCUGCAUUGACGGCAUACGAACAGGUGCUUCACCCUCAACCGGCGGCCAAAAUUUCCCCCAAGGAUCUCGAGACUUUCUCCGCAUUCGUGCUUCGCUGCAAGAAAGCCAAGUUUGCCGUGCUCGAUCGAGAUCGGCUGCGACGACAAGGCGAGCUUCGUGCGGAGCUGGAGGACGGUCUGGAAGCCAGCAAGCAAAGAGAUCUAGAAGACAUCUCUCGUCGACUGCACAGCUCGCAUCUCGGACAGAUAGAAGCGACCGAGCGGCGGCAAGACGUCGAGGCAGCGUACGAGAAGAAGUUUGCCGACCUGCGAGCCUUGUUCGCCGUGAACACGUCAAACAAGCCACGGGAAAUUCCCGACCACGUUGUCGACAUGAUUACUUUUGAACCGAUGCACGAUCCCGUCAUUACGAAGAACGGCCAUUCCUAUGAGCGAUCAACCAUUAUUGAGCAUUUGAAGCGCACACCCACGGAUCCACUCACGAGAGAGCCACUCACGAUUGAUGAACUGAGAAGUAAUUAUGGACUAAAGGCGGCUUGCGAAGAGUGUGUAUCUUAUCUCCCUUGCUACCCCGCUACCAUCUAA